UAAAUAAAAAAUUAUACCAAAUUAUUUAAUAUUAAUUUGAAAAUGGCUUUUAUGGGAAAACAAAUGAAAUGCUUCCAUAAAACAAUUGCGUGACAUACCGCUUGGCACGCAAUAUGUACGCAACGCCACCGUCGACAUUGCAACAUUUUGGAUAAACUGCACACACGAAUUAUAUUAUUAUGAAUAUUGCUAUACGCACACAAACGUUUGAUUUGCAAUGUUGCCAAUGAUGAUGAUGACAUCGUAUCUCUUGACACAUCUUGUAAUAACCGAUGAUUUUCGGCUUUUUGCAUAUAAACGAAACAAUUCCUUAAUAAACGACUGAAAUUCAUAAUCCAAAAUAAUUAACAUACAAACGAACACAUCAAUUGGACAUUAAAACAAAUAUUGAUUACGCAACAUAUUUUACAUAACUCGCAAUAUUCCUCCCAAAACUGCGGAACGAAACAUGGACGCUUUGUCAUUUCACAUCAAAUUGUUGACAUCCUUUGGUAAUUGUACUUUCAAAAAUAUAUAUAGAGAAACAAAAAAUUAAAAAUAAAACCUUAAAAAAAGAAAACCACGAAAAAAGAAAACUAACACUAGCCACAGAGUAAGUCUAGUAGCAAAAAAAAAAAAAAAAAGAAAGACCAGACCGAACAUUUGAGAGAAGAAGAAAGCUCUCAAAAGAUUGUAAGCCUUAGAUGAAUUGGUGAAAGACAGCAGCUUUCAUAAGCAACAGGCUCGUUGUUAAUAUUUUAUUAUUAUUAUUAUUAUUGUUGAUAUUGUUGUUCCCUUAAUUCAUUCGCUAUUUGUUUUGUAUACAUUUUACGUGUACACAAACGCAUGUAAUCAGGAGAAGAAGAAGAAAGUAAAAGCAGCAGCCGUAAGCAAUUUAAGCAAAUAAAUAUUCAAGACUGUUGCCAUUGUCGCUUAAAGUUGUGUUGUCGUCAUCGCCAUCACCACCAUCAUCGUCAUCAUCGCCCGUCGUAGUUGUCGUUGUGUGCGCGUUUUUGUAAAUAAUGGGGCUGCAAAUGGCAGCAUUGCCACAAGCAGCCAAUUUUGUUGCAGUUUCCCUCAUAAUAUUACUGAUCUGGACGCCCGUUUUUAUUGAUGCAGUCCAUGCAAAUUUUUCGGAUUUUCCUUACAUACAAUAUCUAACACAUCCACCGGAAAUAAUCAAGAAACCUCAGAAUCAAGGCGUGCGAGUAGGAGGAGUGGCAAGUUUUUAUUGCGCUGCACGAGGAGAUCCGCCACCAUCGAUAGUUUGGCGCAAAAAUGGUAAAAAAGUGUCAGGCACCCAAUCACGUUAUACUGUAUUAGAGCAAACGGGUGGUGUUUCUAUAUUACGUAUUGAGCCGGUUCGUGCCGGACGUGACGAUGCCCCUUAUGAAUGCGUAGCGGAAAAUGGUGUUGGCGAUGCCGUGUCAGCAGAUGCUACUCUAACUGUAUACGAAGGUGAUAAAACUCCACCCGGUUUUCCGGUAAUUACUCAAGGUCCGAGCACUCGUGUUAUUGAAGUUGGUCAUACGCCAACCAUGCAAUGCAAGGCUGUUGGCAAUCCCCCUCCUACUAUAUAUUGGAUAAAGAAUCAAACUAAAGUCGAUAUGAGUAAUCCACGUUACUCCAUAAAAGAUGGCGGCUUGCAAAUCGAAAACAGUCGUGAAGAGGAUCAAGGUAAAUAUGAAUGUGUGGCUGAGAACUCUGUUGGCACUGAACACUCGAAAGCCACAAAUUUAUAUGUGAAAGUACGUCGAGUACCGCCCACAUUUUCACGACCACCAGAACCCAUUAAUGAAGUGAUGUUGGGCUCUAGUUUAAAUUUAUCAUGCAUUGCUGUGGGUUCUCCUAUGCCACAUGUCAAGUGGAUGAAAGGUGCCCAAGAUUUAACACCUGAAAAUAAUAUACCCAUUGGUCGUAAUAUCUUGGAAUUAACGAACAUACAACAGAGUGCAAAUUAUACUUGUAUAGCUGCAUCAUCGUUGGGUCAAAUUGAGGCAAUUGCUGUAAUUAAAGUGCAAUCAUUACCGACAGCACCCACAGAUGUUCAAAUAUCUGAAGUUACGGCCACCUCAGUAAGACUGGAAUGGUCGUAUAAGGGUCCCGAGGAUUUGCAAUAUUAUGUGAUACAAUAUAAACCAAAAAACGCUAAUCAGGCCUUCAGCGAGAUAAGCGGCAUUAUAACCAUGUUCUAUGUGGUGCGUGCUCUCAGCCCUUACACCGAAUAUGAAUUUUAUGUGAUAGCUGUAAAUAAUAUAGGGCGUGGGCCACCUUCGGUGCCGGCGACUUGUACCACCGGAGAUUUUACGUAUGGUGGAGCCAAAAUGGAAAGUGCCCCCCGUAAUGUACAAGUACGCCCUUUAAGCUCCUCGACUAUGGUCAUAACAUGGGAACCACCCGAAACCCCGAAUGGACAAGUGACCGGCUACAAAGUGUAUUAUACGACAAAUCCUAAUCAACCAGAGGCAUCUUGGGAUUCGCAAAUGGUCGAUAACAGUGAAUUGACUACAAUAUCGGAACUAACCCCACAUGCUAUUUAUACAGUGCGUGUGCAAGCGUAUACAUCAAUGGGAGCUGGUCCAAUGUCCACACCAGUGCAAGUGAAAACGCAGCAAGGUGUCCCAUCACAGCCGAGUAAUUUCCGGGCCACAGAUAUCGGCGAGACCGCAGUUACAUUGCAAUGGUCAAGACCUACACAUUCCAGUGAAAAUAUCGUACAUUAUGAACUAUACUGGAAUGACACAUACGCCAAUCAGGAUCAUCAUAAGCGUAUAUCCAAUACUGAAUCCUAUACGCUUGAUGGUUUGUAUCCUGAUACUUUGUAUUAUAUAUGGCUGGCGGCGCGUUCGCAAAGAGGUGAAGGUGCUACCACACCGCCCAUACCCGUCCGUACAAAACAAUAUGUACCAGGUGCACCGCCCAGCAAUAUAACCGCUGUAGCCACUAGUCCCACCACCAUAUCCCUCAAAUGGUUACCACCACCCGUUGAACGUUCAAAUGGUCGCAUUAUCUACUAUAAAGUUUUCCAUGUGGAGGUUGGACGUUCGGACAGUGAAGCCACCAUAACGACAUUGAAUAAGACGCACUUAAUAUUGGAUGAGUUAAAACGCUGGACCGAAUAUAAAAUUUGGGUAUUAGCUGGCACGUCUGUCGGUGAUGGUCCACGUUCACAUCCGAUUAUUGUGCGUACUCAUGAAGAUGUGCCUGGAGAUCCUCAAGAUGUGAAGGCAAAUUCGUUAAAUUCAACUUCAAUACACGUUAACUGGAAACCUCCUCUUGAAAAAGAUCGUAAUGGUAUUAUUAGAGGCUAUCACAUACAUGUGCAAGAAGUCCGUGAUGAGGGUAAAGGUUAUCUAAAUGAACCUCUUAAAUUUGACGUUGUGGAUGCCUUGGAAUUUAAUGUGACGGGCUUACAACCCGAUACUAAAUAUUCCAUACAAGUGGCGGCUCUUACUCGGAAAGGCGAUGGCGACCGUAGUGCUGCUGUCAUCGUCAAGACACCAGGUGGUGUGCCGGUACGACCUACUGUUAGCUUAAAGAUUAUGGAACGCGAUCCGACUGUUUCAAUAGAAUUGGAGUGGGAACGUCCUGCUCAAACCUAUGGUGAAUUGAGAGGCUACCGUUUGAGAUGGGGAGUCAAAGAUCGUGCUUUAAAAGAAUUGCUAAUGGGUCCCCACGAAACGAAAAAGCCUUUCAAAGAUCUUGAACGCGGUGUCGAGUAUGAAUUUCGUAUAGCCGGCAGUAAUCAUAUCGGUAUCGGCCAGGAAACAGUUAAGAUAUUCCAAACUCCUGAAGGUGUCCCAGGCGGACCACCUUCAAAUAUUACCGUGCGCUUCCAAACACCAGAUGUAGUAUGCGUUACCUGGGAACCUCCCACGCGAGAGCAUCGCAAUGGCAUUAUUACUCGCUACGAUGUUCAGUUUCAUAAGAAAAUUGAUCACGGACUGGGUUCGGAAAGAAACAUGACUUUGCGGAAGGCUGUUUUUACGAAUCUAGAGGAAAAUACCGAAUACAUUUUUCGGGUGAGAGCCUACACUAAACAAGGUGCCGGGCCUUUUAGUGAGAAAAUUUUAAUAGAAACAGAACGGGAUAUGGGACGUGCUCCUAUGUCAGUUCAGGCUGUAGCUACCUCAGAACAAACUGCAGAAAUUUGGUGGGAACCGGUGCCUUCGCGUGGCAAACUGUUAGGUUAUAAAAUUUUUUAUACGAUGACAGCUGUAGAAGACCUUGAUGAAUGGCAAACUAAAACGGUUGGCUUAACGGAAUCUGCAGAUCUGGUAAAUUUAGAAAAAUUCGCUCAGUACGCUGUGGCAAUUGCAGCUCGCUUUAAGAAUGGUUUAGGAAGAUUAAGUGAAAAAGUUACCGUCAAAAUCAAGCCCGAAGAUGUUCCAUUGAAUUUACGCGCCCAUGACGUUACUACGCACUCCAUGACUCUGAGCUGGUCUCCGCCCAUUAGACUGAAUCCUAUUAAUUAUAAGAUUUCCUACGAUGCCAUGAAGGUUUUCGUAGAUUCUCAGGGCUUCUCACAAACGCAAAUCGUACAAAAACGUGACAUUAUCUUAAAAGCGUAUGCUAAAUCGCACACUAUCAAUGAGCUAAGCCCGUUUACCACCUAUAACGUUAAUGUAAGUGCCAUUCCAUCGGAUUACUCAUAUCGUCCACCCACCAAAAUAACUGUAACUACACAAAUGGCGGCACCUCAACCUAUGGUCAAGCCGGAUUUUUAUGGUGUAGUAAACGGCGAGGAAAUCUUGGUUAUCUUACCGCAGGCCUCCGAAGAAUACGGCCCUAUUUCUCAUUACUAUUUAGUUGUGGUACCGGAAGAUAAAUCUAAUCUUCAUAAAAACCCUGAUCAAUUUCUCACAGAAGAUUUACUGCCGGGGCGCAAUAAACCUGAGCGUCCUAAUGCCCCUUACAUAGCCGCCAAAUUUCCUCAGCGUUCUAUUCCUUUCACCUUUCAUUUAGGUUCUGGUGACGAUUAUCAUAAUUUUACUAACCGUAAAUUAGAACGUGAUAAACGAUAUCGAAUUUUUGUAAGGGCAGUUGUGGAUACACCGCAAAAGCACUUAUAUACUUCUAGUCCGUUCUCGGAAUUCCUUUCACUGGAUAUGCGUGAAGCUCCACCCGGGGAAAGACCGCAUCGACCUGACCCUAAUUGGCCUUCUGAACCCGAAGUUUCCGUGAAUCGGAACAAAGAUGAACCUGGUAUGCUAUGGGUGGUCCUUCCGGCAAUAGCAGCUUUAAUACUUUCCACUACAUUUAUUAUCAUCUAUGUAAUUAAAAGAAGACGCCAACCAUGUAAAACGCCCGAUCAAGCAGCUGUUACGAGACCUUUAAUGGCGGCCGACUUGGGUGCCGGUCCGACACCAAGCGAUCCGGUCGAUAUGCGCCGUUUAAAUUUCCAAACACCUGGCAUGAUAUCGCAUCCUCCAAUUCCUAUAUCGGAAUUCGCCAACCACAUAGAACGCUUAAAAGCAAAUGAUAAUCAGAAAUUCUCGCAGGAAUACGAAAGCAUAGAACCUGGUCAACAGUUUACCUGGGAUAAUUCCAAUUACGAAUAUAACAAGUCGAAGAACCGUUAUGCCAACGUUACGGCUUAUGACCAUUCGCGAGUUAUUCUACCGCUUACGGAUGGUGUGGUUGGUUCAGAUUACAUUAAUGCCAAUUAUUGCGAUGGAUAUCGCAAACAUAACGCCUACGUUGCUACGCAGGGGCCUUUACAGGAAACUAUAGGAGACUUUUGGCGUAUGUGUUGGGAAUUGAAAACAGCCACCAUUGUAAUGAUGACUCGUUUGGAGGAGAGAACACGCAUAAAGUGUGAUCAGUAUUGGCCUACACGAGGCACGGAAACGUAUGGUCAAAUGUUUGUCACUAUAACCGAGACUCAAGAACUGGCCACAUAUAGUAUACGUACUUUCCAAUUGUGCCGUCAAGGCUUUAAUGAGAGGCGUGAAAUUAAACAAUUGCAAUUUACGGCGUGGCCUGAUCAUGGUGUACCCGAUCAUCCAGCCCCAUUUUUGCAAUUCUUACGGCGUUGCCGCGCUCUUACCCCACCGGAUUCGGGACCGAUAAUUGUGCAUUGUUCAGCAGGAGUUGGUCGGACUGGUUGCUAUAUUGUCAUUGAUUCGAUGCUUGAGCGUAUGAAACAUGAAAAAAUUGUUGAUAUCUACGGUCAUGUUACCUGCUUGAGGGCGCAACGCAAUUAUAUGGUACAGACUGAAGACCAAUAUAUAUUCAUACACGAUGCCAUUUUGGAAGCCAUCAUUUGCGGCCAUACCGAGGUGCCUGCUCGUAAUUUACACACACAUCUGCAAAAAUUAUUGACCACUGAACCCGGUGAAAAUAUCACGGGCAUGGAAAUUGAAUUCAAGAAAUUGUCAAACGUUAAAGUCGACUCUUCCAAAUUUGUUACCGCUAACUUGCCGUGUAACAAACACAAAAAUCGCUUAGUACACAUUCUACCAUACGAAUCGACUCGGGUAUAUUUAACUCCGAUUCAUGGCAUCGAAGGCAGUGAUUACAUCAAUGCAAGUUUCAUUGAAGGUUACCGUUAUCGUUCCGCCUAUAUAGCGGCUCAAGGACCUUUGCAAGAUACCGCUGAAGAUUUUUGGCGGAUGUUAUGGGAACAUAACUCUACCAUAGUUGUAAUGCUUACGAAACUUAAGGAAAUGGGAAGAGAAAAAUGUUUUCAAUAUUGGCCUCAUGAACGUUCGGUUCGUUAUCAGUACUAUGUUGUUGAUCCAAUAGCUGAAUACAAUAUGCCACAAUAUAAAUUACGUGAGUUUAAGGUAACUGAUGCACGUGAUGGCUCCUCACGCACUGUACGACAAUUUCAAUUUAUUGAUUGGCCCGAGCAGGGUGUACCGAAGUCAGGUGAAGGCUUUAUUGAUUUCAUUGGUCAAGUGCAUAAAACAAAAGAACAAUUUGGCCAAGAUGGCCCCAUUACGGUGCAUUGUAGUGCUGGUGUUGGUCGUACCGGUGUAUUUAUUACCCUAAGCAUUGUGCUGGAGCGUAUGCAAUACGAAGGCGUGUUGGAUGUUUUCCAAACGGUACGCAUACUGCGUGCUCAGCGACCUGCCAUGGUGCAAACAGAGGAUCAAUAUCAUUUUUGUUAUCGUGCAGCUUUAGAAUAUUUGGGCUCAUUUGAUAAUUAUACGAAUUAAGUUUAUAUGUUAACUGUUGAACAGUUUUAAGCAAAGUUAGAAACAGUGUUUUAAACAAAGUAAAAAAUUAAGGACUUUUUCUUUUUUUUUUUUUCUGUUAUUGCCAGUUUUAAGCUUAGGACUUAAAAUAUAACACAAUUAACGCAUAAUCAUGUGCAUUUAAAAGAUGUUUAGCAACUAUAUGGUAGCAGAAAAGUGUUGACCAAGUUGCGGAGGAAGUAAAAAAGUUUUCUAGCUGAUUAAUUAUGAGAUGAGAAUAACAAAUUUUUCUCACACUCGGGUAAAACUUCUUCUCCAAGCCUGUUCAUAACUUGGCUAACACUUUUUCAGUAUAGUUUUUUUUUUUCGUUAAGUUAUAAAUUUUUUUCUUAUCGUAUUAUUCUUUUAAUAUUUUCCUUUUUAUUAUUACGAAUGUGUUUUAUACAUACUUUUGUAAUUUUUACUGCCUUAUACAUGGGAAUUAUUCGAUUAUGUGUGAAUUCUCUGCCCCCUUAUUACAUGUAGCACUGUCGCUACCUAUUUUCUAAUGUUUGCUUUCCACGCACACCGUCCUGCACUACAAAUUUUACAUUGUUUGCCGCCAUUUAGCGAGCACUGCUUAGAAACGUCCUUUUUCUUAAAGCUUUAUAAUUUCAAUUUGCUCUCAUCCUCAUCAUCAUUUGUUUUGUAAAGCACCGACUAAUCAAGUCGUUAAGAAAUAUUAACUUGGAAUAAAAUCGUAGAAAAAGAAUUAAAAAGAAAGAAGUGUAUUUCGUGGCCUUAACCAAAAGAGCAUCAAGACCAAUUGGAAUGUCGAGGCAAGGGUUUUGCUUUGUAACAACGAAUAAUAAAAAUCAAACCUAAUAUAAAGAAAUUUUUUCUUGUAUAACUAACUUUGAUCAGUUCCGACUUGCUUUCUUCAAUUGAAAGUAAGUAGGAAAGACCAAACGAAGAGUACACUCUAAAAAAAGGAAAAAUACAUCCCUCUAGAAAAGAUACUGCACGCCUUAAAAAAAUGCUUUUGGUCAACUUGAAAAAUUGUCGAUUUGACAGUGAAAAGCCACAACACACACAUGCUACAAAAAUCGUUUGACAGUUUUGCACUGAUUUGGGUCAAUUUUCAUUUUUUGGUUUCUAACAAAUUUUCGUGAUAGUUUCUUUCUUAUGGAACGAUUUUGGAUUUUGAUCUCCUUUGUAGUUACCUAUUUCCCAUAACUACAAUGUAUAGGAAGUGCCCUCAAAAACACACUUGUAGCGUUAACAUGACCGAACUAGAACAAUUUCUCAUCAGGUAUUUCAAUUUGAAGCGAAAGAAGUGAAUCCCAUAACAGAACUAAUUUUUUGAAGGCUACUUACUCCUACCAUGGAAGUAAAGAAGGCUCUUCCCGUUUACAUCUUUAAGCAUAGUUUUGAUAGUUUUCGCAGUUACCGUACAGCUUUUGACAGGCAAACCUGUGCCGAAAACGGAGAGUUUUCCAGGUGAUUGUGUUGGCAUUAAUUUCAAUAAUCAGAAAAUAUAUAUAAAAAAAAGAAAAAUAUCUUUAACUUAGCUUUUAUUUUUACUGUUCGAUGAUAAAAUGCAAAAGUCCGGCCUCGUCAUUCCAGUUGGUCUUAAUGCUCUUUUGAUUAAGGUCGCGGAAUAUAUUUCUAUUUUUUUUUUUUUUUUUUUUUAAUUCUUUUUCUAUAAUUUUAUCCGAAGUUAAUAUUUUUUAAGGGUGUGAUUUAUCGGUGUUUCACAAAAUCUGUAGAUAGGACUUAUGCUCAACCUUUGCAUAGGUUCUUUUCUUUUAUAUGUAUUUAAAAAUAUCCAACUUUAUUUUUCAGUAGUUCUUUUUUGUAUGAAUUUACUUUUCCCGAAAGGUGGAAAAUAAGUUUUUUCCUAGUCAUUUUGAAUUUCAAGUUCGAUUUUUUCUAAACACUCACGAGAUUUUAUGUACGAGCACAUAAACGUAACUUCUCUCUCUAUCUCUCUAUCUCUCUCUCUCUCUCUCUAUAAUAAUUCGCUCUCCGUUGUGAUGAAGUUCGCCCUAUUUAAUAUAGAAUGACGACACAUAAUUUCUCACAUUCGACUCUCUAAGCCAAUUGAUUUUAUAUUCCCCCUCAAGGUAGUUGUUAAAAACUUUUCGUGGCACAUAAUGUAGCGGCAUAGAAAAAGUCUGUUAGCAACGAAGAGAAAGUUUCAACAUAAUAGGCCCUAAUGCCGGUAAUGCUAGUGCAAAAAAUCUUAUCUAAUCCAUUUCGAAUUUAAUUAUGAAUCGAUCAAUAUUGUAUAUCAAUCAAUUAAGUAAAAUAAUUUCUUUUCUAAAAACUUGAUAAUCUUCAAAAGAGAAAGUCAGCAAUACAUUCGAAUAGGCCAAAGCGUAUUAACUAUGAAAUAUAUAUCUCUAUCGCAAAAGGUAACAAUUUUCAACGUUAAACGUCGACUAAAUUAUCAAAAAUGUAAUCAAACUAUGCAUGAAACCGUAGAUGGUAUGAUCUUUGCUUUGUUGCAAAGAUCAAUGAAAGACUAUUAACGUAUUAUUAAGACGAGAAACAACUUUAAACGAAAAAAAUUAAAAAAAAAAACAAAAAAACAAAACUUAUAUUCAUUUAUUUAAGUAGAGGAAUUCAAAAUAAUUGUAAAUUAAUACAGAUGUAUGUAUGUAUUUUUUGUAUAGUAGUUAAAGAUAUUCUUGUUCGAAUUUUGUACUCGUUUGCAUGAUUAUUUCAGAAUCUCAACACAACAACAUGUGCAGUCAUUAUUGUUCAUUUUAUAAUUUAUAUAUGAUAUAAUUUUAUUAAGUUUUUAGCUUUAAUUCUUAGAUAUGUUUUAAAAAGCCAUUCUAAAUAACUGUAAACUUUCCAUUUUCUACUGCCAAUAUUUUAUACUUUUACUUACUUACUUACUUACUUACUUAAAAAAGCAGCUAAAUAUACAUUUUUAUAUUCACUUGAAAAAGUCCGCCCGCUAUCCCCUUAACUAUACAUAUAUAUUCAUUAUUAUCGCGAAAAGUGAAAUCAUUCUUGUCUAGUGAAUUACGAUUUGCAGCUAUCAUCUAGUAAAAAAAUCUCGACUUCAAGCACAAUCGUCAGUUUAUGAUCGAAAAUCAGUAUACGUCACAGUGUCAGCCAAGACGUAGGUAUUGUAUUCCGUUCUUUUUUCUUUUUUAUCUUUAAAAAAACUGUUCAGCGCAAAAGUACUGUCAUAUCGUCCAAAGAUGUGAUAUAAUAUAUAUCCUGUUUACGAUAUGUUUAUGAUAUAUGUGACAAUACGUACGAUAUGCGAUAUGCGAUAUGUAUAGGAUUUUUCAUAUUAUGCGCCUGAUCCUUUUACUAAACUAAGACAAAUAAAAAUAAUAAAAUUUUUAUAGAUUGUGGAAACCUUCAUUAAGGAAAAAAAAUAUGAUUCAUCAUAUGCACGCCAUGAUUGCGUUUACAGGCAUUCAUGCAAGUAUAAAAAAUUUCGAUUGUGUUUUUUUUUUUUUUGUACGUUAACUCAUUUAAUCGUUCCUUAUUAUUAAUCCACUUGCGUAUUUCGACUUUAAUAACUCAACCUUCCAUUGUAAGCUGCAGCUCUGCGUCCUGAAAUUGACGUGUUUACUUUAUUCAAAAUAAUCCGAGCAAGAGUCGCAAUGAUUUCGAAACUACCUCUGUAUUUUGUUCUGAGUUUAUCAUGAACAGAAAUAUUUCGCCUAAGUUUUUUACUAGUCCUUGAAUUGUUAACUUAUUUGAAUGAUUUGGAACACCAGGAAAAAAAUCAUGAAAAACAUUGAUCUUUACAAUAAUUUUGAAUGGGUUUAACGCAAUGUUCUAUGUCUGUACGUAUUCAUGGUUAAAAUUGCUCAUCAUGGCAAUUGGCAAAUGUCGGUAUGAUGAUAUUCGAAGAUUGUUUUCAGAAGGUAUUUAGUAACGAUAUCUACGCGCAAAAUUUGAAAACCUCUAUAUACACAAAUCUACAUAUGUACAUGUGUAUAAACUGAUUAUUCUAAAAAUUGAUCCUAGUCGAGAAUAAAGAAUAUCACUACGAAAACUGAUCCGCUCUCGCGUACCUCAGAUAGUCGGCAAAGUAACUAUAGUGUUCUUAUUGAUUUUAUUGUAUGUAUCUUAUUUUUGACAUGUUAAUAUAGUGAAUACAAAACAAAUAAUUUUUUAAAUAAAAUUUUCUUUUCUUUUGUUA